CACACUUCACCGAGAGAGACAGAGACAGAGAGAGAGAGACUGCACUCGACCAGACAGACACAGGUGUACUACAGGUAGACUGCACUCGACCAGACAGACACAGGUUUACUACAGAUAGACUGCACUCGACCAGACAGACAGGUGUACUACAGGUAGACUGCACUCGACCAGACAGACACAGGUUUACUACAGAUAGACUGCACUCGACCAGACAGACACAGGUGUACUACAGGUAGACAGGUAGACUGCACUCGACCAUACAGACAGGUGUACUACAGGUAGACUGCACUCGACCAUACAGACAGGUGUACUACAGGUAGACUGCACUCGACCAGACAGACACAGGUGUACUACAGGUAGACUGCACUCGACCAGACAGACACAGGUGACUGACUACAGAGACAUGAUGCUGUUACGAGUCACUGCUCUGGUCCUAUUGGCUUGUGGGCUUUGGGACUGUGCAACAGCGUCCGCAGGGUCAGAGGGAGCCGUUGACUGUUGCCUGGCGACAAGUUCCGCCCGCAUCCCUCCUCGCCUCGUGAAGUCCUACAAGGUCCAGACCGCCGGCGAAGGAUGCAGAGUGGACGCAACGCUGUUCAUCACUAAAAGGAACAAGAAGCUGUGUGCUCCGCCUGCCGACAAAACAAAGUGGGUGCAGCACGUCAUCAAGAAGCUCAACAGGAAAUCAGCAGCAGGAUGCAGGAGAGGCAAGAACCAGAAGCCUCGAGGGAAGAACUGCGGAAACAGCAGACACUAAGUCCUGCACUGAUGUCUCCUGAAAUGCGCGCGUGUGUGUGAGUGGAUCCAUUUGUGUGUGACAGUGAGAGAAUGUGGCUUUUGAGUGUGUGUGUGUGUGUGUGUGUGUGUGUGUGUGUGUGAUUGUGACAGUUGAAUAGGUCACAUCUGUUGUCUGAAGGCUGCCCAAGACAGUGGAACCAGAUGAAAAGCUGCUGUAAUAAUGUGUCAGCGACUAGACAGAUGUGGAACUCUCGUGUGUCUAUACAGAUGUGGAACCCUGAUGUCUACAUGCACUUUUGCCUCAGAACAAUAACUGCCAUGAGAUGUUCCUUAUUUUAAAGGCUCAAAGCUCUCUCUGUUCUGUGUUCCGUGUGUAUAGCACAUUGGACAUCGUAGCGCUCUUCUCAGUCAGAGGCGGUAUUUCUGUGAUUAAUAACUCUGUGAUAUUCUGUUGUCUAUAUUUUUAUACUGUGUGCACAUCUAUUAAAGGUUUAUAUUUGAUUCA